AUGACUGUCAACUGCGAAAAUCAGCUCUCCGUCCUCCAGGCCAAGUCGGACGCCCCCGCGUCCUCGGGCUUCUUCACGGGGCUCAAGUCCCCCACCCCCGAGCAGUUCCAGAGCCGGGAGGACUUCCGCACCGCCUGGCUUCACCACCGCAAGCUCGCCCGGUCUUGCCACGACUUGGAUCUGCUGGGCCAGAGCCCAGGCUGGGGCCAGACGCAGGCGGUGGAGACCAACAUCGUGUGCAAACUGGACAGCUCCGGGGGUGUCCUGCAGCUCCCCGACACCAGCAUCACCAUCCACGUGCCCGAGGGGCACGUGGCCCCCGGCGACACUCAGCAGAUCUCGGUGAAGGCACUGCUGGACCCGCCGCUGGAGCUCAACAGUGACAGGUCGAGCAGCGUCAGCCCGCUGCUGGAGGUGAAGCUGAGCAACCUGGAGGUCAGGACCCCCAUCAGCCUGCACAUGAAAGUCUCCGCCGAGGUGAAGAGCGAACAUUUCAGCACCAGCUCGGUGAGUCUGCAGUGCCUGAGGAGUGACUCGAAGGAGGGCCCCUACGUCCACAUCCCUCUCAACUACAGCCACGGGGACACGGUCCAGGUGCACCUGGAGAACCUGGAGCCCUGCAUGUACCUGGCCAUCGUCGCUCACAGCGCCAGCAUCCUCUACCCGGCCACUGUGUGGGAUUUCAUCCACAAAAAGGUCACCGUGGGCCUCUACGGUCCCAAGCACAUCCAUCCGUCCUUCAAAACAGUGGUGACCAUCUUCGGGCACGACUGUGCCCCGAAGACGCUCCUGGUCAGCGAGGUCACCCGCCAGGCCCCCAGCCCCGCCCCUGUGGCCCUGCAUCUCUGGGGCAAGCACCAGUUCGUACUGUCCCGGCCUCAGGACCUCAAAAUUUGUAUGUACUCCAACAUGACCAACUACGAGGUGAGGGCCAGCGAGCAAGCCAAGGUGGUGAGAGGGUUCCAGAUAAAACUGGGCAAGGUGAGCCGCCUCAUCUUCCCCAUCACCUGCCACAAACCCAGCGAGCUCUCCGACUUCACCCUGAGGGUCCAGGUGAAGGAUGACCAGGGCGCCAUCCUCACCCAGUUCUGCGUCCAGACGCUCCAGCCCCCACCCAAGAGCGCCAUCAAGCCAAGUGGCCAGAGGAGGUUCCUCAAGAAGAACGAGGCGGGCAAGAUCACCCUGUCCCCGUUUGCCGCCAGCACCAAGUACCCGACCUUUCAGGACCGGCCCGUGGCCAGCCUCAAGUUUGGCAAGUUGCUCAAGACAGUGGUGCGGCAGAGCAAGAACCACUACCUGCUGGAGUACAAGAAGGGCGACAUGAUCGCCCUGCUCAGCGAGGAGAAGGUCCGGUUCAAGGGCCAGCUGUGGACCAAGGAGUGGUACAUCGGCUACUACCAGGGCAAGGUGGGGCUGGUGCACGCCAAGAACGUGCUGGUGGUGGGCAAGGCCAAGCCCAGCGUCUUCUCGGGCCCGGAGCUGAGCACGUCGGCGCUGCUGGAGCAAAUCCUGCAGCCCUGCAAGUUCCUCACCUACAUCUACGCCUCGGUGAGGAUGCUGCUCAUGGCGAACAUCAGCAGCUGGCGCACCUUCGCCGACACGCUGGGCUACGAGCACCUGCCGCUCACCGCCUUCUGCCGUGCCGAGCUGGACAAAGAGUCAGAGUGCGUGGCGUCCGUCCUGGAGAAGCUGAAGGAGGACUGCAACAUGGACAACAUGGACAGGAGGUCCUUCCAGAAGGAGCUGAUGAUGGCCUUACUGAAGAUGGACUGCCAGGGGCUGGUGGUUAUACUCAUCCAGGACUUCGUGCUCCUGACCACGGCUGUCGAGGUGGCGCAGCACUGGCGGGAGCUGGCUGAGAAGCUCGCCAAGGUCUCUAAGCAGCAGAUGGAUGCGUACGAGUCCCCGCACCGUGACAAGAACGGGCUGGUGGACAGAGAGGCCAUGUGGAAACCUGCGUAUGACUUCUUACUAACGUGGAGCCACCAGAUGGGGGACAGUUACCGUGAUGUCAUCCAGGAGCUGCACACUGGCCUGGACAAAAUGAAAAACCCCAUCACCAAGCGCUGGAAACACCUCACAGGAACACUGAUCCUGGUGAACUCGCUGGAUAUUCUGAGAGCAGCUGCCUUCAGCCCGGUGGACCAUGAUGACUCUAUGAUUUGA